AUGGGAGCAAGAGGCGUGGUGGCAAUAAUGGGCCUGCUUACCCAUUGGAUCCACAUGUUUCAAAGAAGAUAUUUAUCAUUGGAUGAUAGUAUUGAAGAGUUCCUACGAAGGCACAAAAAUCUCCAACCAAUCAGAUACUCGUAUUCAGAUAUAAAAAGAAUGACUAGUGGUUUUCAGAAUAAAUUAGGGCAAGGAGGAUUCGGCACUGUAUAUAAAGGAAAGCUUCGGAAUGGCCACAUGGUAGCUGUAAAAAUGUGCAAUGUGUCAAAAGCUAAUGGCCAAGAUUUUAUCAAUGAAGUUGCAACAAUCGGAAGGAUUCAUCAUGCCAACGUAGUGCGACUCAUUGGAUUUUGUGUAGAGGGGUCAAAAUGGGCCCUUUUAUACGACUUUAUGCCAAAUGGUUCUCUUGAUAAGGUUGUUUUUCUUGAUCAAGAAAGGAGCACUCUUUUAAGUUGGGACAGAUUGUACAAGAUUGCUCUUGGAGUGGGACGUGGGAUUGAAUACUUACAUCAAGGUUGUGAUAUGCAAAUCCUGCAUUUUGAUAUUAAACCACACAACAUUCUUCUUGAUCAAAAUUUCAACCCAAAAGUGUCUGAUUUUGGCCUUGCGAAAUUGUAUUCAACAGAUAAAAAUACUGUCACUUUCACCAUAGCUAGAGGAACACUGGGAUAUAUUGCUCCUGAAUUAUUUUACCAAAACAUUGGAGGUGUCUCAUAUAAAGCCGAUGUUUACAGUUUCGGAAUGUUGCUAUUGGAAAUGGUGGGGAGAAGAAGAAAUGUUAAGGUACAUGCAGAGCACUCGAGUCAGAUAUAUUUUUCAUCAUGGAUUUAUGACAAAUUUCAUCAAGAAAAGGAUGUAGAAGUGAGAGAUGCCACUGAAGAUGAAAAGAGAUUGAUAAAGAAGAUGGUGAUAGUUGCACUAUGGUGUAUACAAAUGAAGCCCACAGACCGUCCUUCUAUGAGCAAAGCACUAGAAAUGUUGGAAGGUGAUGUUGAACUUCUGUCGAUGCCUCUUAAGCCUACUGUACAUCCCAUGGAAAUAUCAGAUGAGGAUCGCAUGAGUAUUCCAAUAGGGGUACCAAUUUCCUCACGUAAUGGCAUGGAUGCUGUUUCCUUAGAUGGAAGUUAG